GUCGCCGCUUCACCAAAAGAAAGAAGAAGAACCCAAAACAAAAAUUAACUCUGCUACAAUAAACAAAGUAAAACAUUUUUAUAAAUGACUGAAUUCGGAGGAGAUUCGGGAGGUCGAUUAAAAGGCGUGACUAUAGUAAAACCCAUUGUUUACGGGAACAUAGCGCGAUCCUUCGGCAAAAAACGCGAGGAGGACGGGCACACGCACCAAUGGAAAGUCUAUCUGAAGCCCUAUUUUAACGAGGACAUGUCCAUUUAUGUAAAGAAGGUCCACUUUAAGUUGCACGAGAGCUACGCCAACCCAAAUCGAAUCGUGGUAAAGCCUCCGUACGAGAUCACAGAGACCGGGUGGGGCGAGUUCGAGGUGGUCAUUAAGAUCUACUUCAACGACCAGUCGGAGCGCCCGGUAACCUGUUAUCACAUCCUAAAGCUCUUUCAAUCGCCCGUCGUCGAUGGUGAGCUUACCUCUAGCACCACCAUGGACACCAAGAAGGGUCUCGUCUCGGAGUCGUACGAGGAGAUCGUUUUCCAAGAGCCCACCCAGAUAAUGCAGCAUUAUCUUCUGCUCUCGGAACAGAGCGCAAAUGGUCUUCUUACCCACGAUACUGAUUUUGAGGAAAAGAAGACAAAAACUCUGGAUAACAUUGUCAAUGUGAAGCAGAAGGUCAAGGGGGAGAUUGUUACACUUAAGGACAAACUAAAGCUGGCACGUGAAACCAUAUCUAAGUUCAAGGCGGAAUUGGCUAAGGUGCAAAAGCAGGCUACAUAACAUCUGCUAAAAUGCUUUCCGAAUAUGCCUCGGAAUUCGCAAUUCAUUUUAAGUUUUAAGUAUAUAUAUAUGUAUAAAUAGUAAAAAAGAGAAUUAAAAAUGCGUUAUGUAUUUAA